GAUGGCGAGAGCUGCGGUCAGGUUCCGGCGGUUGACGGCGGCCUUCGGCGACGCGGGGCGUGCCGGCGAGAGCACGGGGGAGAGCGUCGUCGAUCUGUCGGACCUCGUGGCGUCGUUCGUCGAGAGGGAGGGAGCGAUGAGAGGUGGAGGUGGAGGGGAAGAGGAGGAGGAGGAGGAGGAGGAGAUUGGGCGAGAGGAGUCGGAGAGCAGCUGCUGGUCCGACUCCGAGACCACCAAGGACAAGCUGCUCGGCUUGUUCCGGGGCGACAGCGAUGCCGUUGCCGACGACGUGAAGAGGAGGAUCCGGGCGGAGGUUGAAGCCGCGUGGGGGUUGAUGAGGAACAAUGGAUUCUCGGAGGGAAUGAAGCGUCAGUUGGUGAUCAGUCUGCGCCUGAAGGGCUUUGAUGCUGGUCUCUGCAAAGCAAGCUGGGACAGGUCGUCGGCGCGUCCGGCCGGAGCCUACGAGUACGUGGACGUCAAUGCCGAAGGGACGCGCUACAUCGUCGAGGCUUCUCUCGCCGGGCAAUUCGAGAUAGCUCGGCCCUCCAGCCAUUACGCGUCGCUGGUCGGCGUGUUUCCCCCGGUUUUCGUCGGCAGACCGGAGGAGCUCAAGCAGGUGAUCAGGCUGAUGUGCGCGGCGAUGAAGCAAUCCUUGCGGAGCACGGGGCUGCUCCUCCCGCCGUGGAGGAGGAAGAGCUACGUGAAGGCCAAGUGGUUUGGUAACUACAAGAGGACGACUCUCGACGAGGCUGCGGGGGCGAGAAGACCAGCCGUUCGGCACGAGAGUUUGGCUGAGAUAUCGUAUCGCUGCAAGGACGACUUCCCGAGCAAGACGAGGCUGAGAGCCGGGUAUUUAAGCGAGGUCUUUGGCGGCAACAGGAGGGGCGCGUGAUCGCAGCAUCCGGAUUCUUUUAUUUUCGAAAGCUUAUUGCAAUCAGUUCAAUUCUUGUAUAGAGUAAUCAAUCCAGUUUUGGUCCUGAAGCACGACCCGGAGUGAAGAUUCUUUCGCUUGGCUUCAUGGUUAGUUUUCUGAAUGCCAGUUGAUAUAAGACUGUACAGAUUUUGGCACAUUGUGUACAGAAGAUUGUUCACAAGUGAAGAAUGGAUUCACUUUUCCAUUA